AUGGAUGCUAAAAAAUCUAUUGAAGAUAAAUUCUCAAAGAUACAUCCAUGUUUUCCUGUGAACACAAGAAUAGCUAUAGUUGGAGCAGGUCCAAGUGGAAUAUCAGCUGCUUAUGCACUGUGUAAUAUUGGUUACAACAGUGUCACAAUCAUCGAAAAACAUCACUCCGUCGGCGGCAUGUGUGAAUCUGUUGAUGUUGAAGGAAGAAUUUAUGAUCUUGGAGGUCAAGUCCUUGCAGCAAAUAGUGCUCCAACAAUUUUCCAUUUGGCAAAGGAAACAGGAAGUGAGCUUGUAGAAUUAAACUCUCACAAACUUGCAUUAAUUGAUAGCCAAACAGGGAAUUAUCAGGACAAUAAAGUUGCAGAUGAUUAUGUGUCUGUAAUAUCACUGACAUUAGAACUCCAGGACAAAGCAAAGGAUUCAGGUAGAAUUGGCAUUCAUGCUGUGAGUGAUAUGGCUUCUGAUAUGACACCUGCAUUUCUUGAAAGCCGCGGUUUUUCGUCUGUUCCAAAAUCUGUUGCUUAUGGAUACACUGCUUCUGGAUAUGGAUUUGUUCAAGACAUGCCUUAUGCGUAUAUUCACGAGUUCACUCGAACGUCUAUGGCUGGGAAAAUUCGACGUUUCAAAGAUGGAUACACGAGCCUGUGGAAGAAAGUCAGUGAAUCGUUGCCAAUAACCGUGAUGUGCCAAACAGAAGUGCUUUCAGUCAGACGUGACGGUAAAGGCAUUGAAAUUGAGGUCAAAAACAGCAGUGGUGAUUUUGAAAGUAUGGAGUUUGAUAAAGUCAUAUUAUCUGGGGCGUUCCCGUUUAGAAGUGGAAAGACUUAUAGAUCACCAAAUUCCAUUUCAGCAGAUCCUGAAAGUGAAGUACUGGAAUUGAGUGAACUUGAAAAGGAUUUGUUCUGUAAAGUGCAGAUGAUCGAUUAUUACACGACGGUUCUGAAGAUUAAAGGAUUAGAACACUUGCCAGUUGGAUUUUACUACUUUGAGGAAUUUAUGAAUGAUCCUGCAGCAAUAGGAAAUCCAGUUGCCAUGCAGAGAUUCUAUCCCGAUACAAACAUCUUCCUAUUCUGGUCUUACGGAAACUCAGCCAACGUCGAGGGUUCAACAGUUUUACGGCUCGCUGUUGAGGCUGUCAAAAGGAUUGGAGGUGAAGUUGAAAUGGUCGUCCUGCAACGACGAUUCAAGUAUUUUCCUCAUGUAAAUAGCCAAGGUAUAUAA